GGGCAGCGGCACAAUGAAGCUCGGGCUGUAGCGGCCCAGGGGAGGGGGAAGUCUGGAGAUCGGGGUCCGAUGCUUCCCGGAGCCCUUCUGCGCCCCAUCCUGCAGUAAGCUGUGCUAGAACAAAAUGCAAUGAAAGAAACACUGGAUGAAUGAAAAGCCCUGCUUUGCAACCCCUCAGCAUGGCAGGACUACAGCUCAUGACCCCUGCUUCCUCACCAAUGGGUCCUUUUUUUGGACUACCAUGGCAACAAGAAGCAAUUCAUGAUAACAUUUACACCCCAAGAAAAUAUCAGGUUGAACUGCUUGAAGCAGCUCUGGAUCAUAAUACGAUAGUCUGUUUAAACACUGGCUCAGGGAAGACGUUUAUUGCAGUACUACUCACUAAAGAGCUGUCCUAUCAGAUCAGGGGAAAUUUCAACAGAAAUGGAAAAAGGACGGUGUUCUUGGUCAACUCUGCAAACCAAGUUGCUCAGCAAGCAUCAGCUGUCAGAACGCAUUCAGAUCUCAAGGUUGGAGAAUAUUCAAGCUUAGAAAUUAGUGCAUCUUGGACAAAGGAGAAAUGGAACCAAGAGUUUAUUAAACACCAGGUUCUGGUUAUGACCUGUCAAGUUGCCUUGAAUGUUUUGAAAAAUGAUUACUUAUCAUUAUCCAACAUUAAUCUGUUGGUAUUUGAUGAGUGUCAUCUUGCAAUCCUGGACCAUCCCUAUAGAGAAAUUAUGAAGAUCUGUGAAGAUUAUCCAUCAUGUCCUCGAAUUUUGGGAUUAACUGCUUCUAUUUUAAAUGGGAAGUGUGAUCCUGCAGAAUUAGAGGAGAAGAUUCAGAAACUGGAGAAAAUCCUUAAGAGUAAUGCUGAAACUGCAACUGAUUUGGUAGUCUUAGACAGAUAUACUUCUCAACCAUGUGAGAUUGUGGUAGAUUGUGGACCAUAUACUGAUACUAGUGGGCUCUAUGAAAGGCUGCUAAAGGAAUUGGAUGAAGCACUUAAUUUUCUCAAUGACUGCAACAUAUCUGUGCAUUCAAAAGAAAAGGAUUCUAUAUUAAUUUCUAAACAGAUUCUUUCAGACUGCCGAGCAGUAUUGGUGGUUCUGGGACCCUGGUGUACAGAUAAGGUAGCUGGGAUGAUGGUAAGAGAACUUCAGAAAUAUAUCAAACAUGAGCAAGAGGAGCUGCACAGGAAAUUUUUAUUGUUUACAGACACUUUCUUAAGGAAAAUACAUGCACUCUGUGAAGAGCACUUCUCACCUGCCUCACUUGACCUGAAAUUUGUUACACCGAAAGUAAUAAAACUGCUUGAAAUUUUACGUAAAUAUAAACCAUAUGAGCGGCAGCAGUUUGAGAGUGUUGAAUGGUAUAAUAAUAGGAAUCAAGAUAAUUAUGUGUCUUGGAGUGAUUCUGAAGAUGAUGAUGAGGAUGAAGAAAUUGAAGAAAAAGAGAAGCCAGAGACAAAUUUUCCCUCUCCAUUUACCAAUAUUUUAUGUGGUAUUAUUUUUGUGGAGAGAAGAUAUACAGCAGUUGUUUUAAACAGAUUGAUAAAAGAAGCUGGCAAACAAGAUCCAGAGCUGGCUUAUAUUAGCAGCAAUUUUAUAACUGGACAUGGCAUUGGAAAGAAUCAGCCUCGUAACAAACAGAUGGAAGUGGAAUUCAGAAAACAGGAAGAGGUACUUAGGAAAUUUAGGGCACAUGAGACCAACCUUCUUAUUGCAACCAGUAUUGUAGAGGAAGGUGUUGACAUACCAAAAUGCAACUUGGUGGUUCGUUUUGAUUUGCCCACGGAAUACCGAUCUUAUGUACAAUCCAAGGGAAGAGCAAGGGCACCCAUCUCUAAUUAUAUUAUGCUAGCUGAUUCAGACAAAAUAAAAAGUUUUGAAGAAGAUCUCAAAACCUACAAAGCUAUUGAAAAGAUUUUAAGAAAUAAAUGUUCGAAGUCAGUUGAUACUGGUGAGACUGAAACUGAACCUAUUGUGGAUGAUGAUGACAUUUUCCCACCAUAUGUUUUGAGGCCAGAUGAUGGAAGUCCACGAGUCACAAUUAAUACAGCCAUUGGACACAUAAAUAGAUAUUGUGCAAGAUUACCAAGUGAUCCAUUUACUCAUCUAGCUCCUAAGUGUAAAACCCGUGAAUUGUCAGAUGGUACAUUUUAUUCAACUCUCUAUCUGCCAAUUAACUCACCUCUCCGAGCUGCCAUUGUUGGUCCACCAAUGAGUUGUGCAAGACUGGCUGAAAGAGUUGUAGCUCUCAUUUGCUGUGAAAAACUGCACAAAAUUGGUGAAUUAGAUGAUCAUUUGAUGCCAGUUGGAAAAGAGACUGUUAAAUAUGAGGAAGAGCUUGAUUUGCAUGAUGAAGAAGAAACCAGCGUUCCAGGUCGACCAGGCUCCACAAAAAGAAGGCAGUGUUACCCCAAAGCAAUUCCAGAAUGUUUGAGGAAUAGUUAUCCUAAGCCUGAUCAGCCCUGUUACUUAUAUGUAAUUGGGAUGGUAUUAACUACCCCUUUACCUGAUGAGCUUAACUUUAGGAGAAGAAAACUCUAUCCUCCAGAGGAUACCACAAGAUGCUUUGGAAUACUGACAGCCAAACCUAUACCUCAGAUUCCUCAUUUUCCUGUGUAUACACGCUCUGGAGAGGUUACUAUAUCUAUUGAGUUGAAGAAGUCUGGUUUCACUUUGUCAUUACAAAUGCUUGAGCUGAUCACGAGACUUCACCAGUACAUAUUCUCACAUAUUCUUCGGCUUGAAAAACCUGCACUAGAAUUCAAACCCACAGAAGCUGAUUCAGCCUACUGUGUUCUACCUCUUAAUGUUGUUAAUGACUCCAGCACUUUGGACAUUGACUUUAAGUUCAUGGAUGAUAUUGAAAAAUCUGAAGCUCGUACAGGCAUUCCCAGUACUCAGUAUACGAAAGAAACACCUUUUAUUUUCAAACUAGAAGAUUACCAGGAUGCAGUUAUCAUUCCAAGGUAUCGGAAUUUUGAUCAGCCUCAUCGAUUUUAUGUUGCUGAUGUAUAUACUGAUCUUACACCACUCAGUAAAUUCCCAUCCCCUGAAUAUGAAACUUUUGCAGAAUAUUAUAAAACAAAGUACAAUCUUGAUCUGACCAAUCUAAACCAGCCUUUGCUGGAUGUGGACCAUACAUCUUCAAGACUAAAUCUAUUGACUCCUCGCCAUUUAAAUCAGAAGGGGAAAGCCCUUCCUUUAAGUAGUGCUGAAAAAAGGAAAGCCAAAUGGGAAAGUCUGCAAAAUAAACAGAUACUGGUUCCUGAGCUCUGUGCAAUUCAUCCAAUUCCUGCAUCAUUAUGGAGAAAAGCAGUUUGUCUCCCUAGCAUCCUUUAUCGCCUGCACUGCCUUUUGACAGCAGAGGAACUAAGAGCCCAGACAGCCAUUGAUGCUGGCGUAGGGGUCAAAUCACUCCCUGCUGAUUUCAGAUAUCCUAAUUUGGACUUUGGAUGGAAAAAAUCUAUUGACAGUAAAUCUUUCAUCUCAAUUCCUAACUCCUCUUUAGCUGAAAAUGAAAAUUACUGUAAGCACAGCACAAUUGUAGUCCCUGAAAAUGCUGCACAUCAAGGCACUAAUAGAACCUCUUCUCUAGAAAAUCAUGACCAGAUGUCUGUGACCUGCAGAUCAUUAUUCAGUGAGUCACCCAAUAAGAUUCAAAUUGAAGUUUCCACAGAACUCACAGCAAUUAAUGGUAUUUCAUACAAUAAAAAUCUUGCCAAUGGCAGUUAUGAUUUAGUCAAUAGAGACUUUUGCCAAGGAAAUCAGCUAAAUUACUACAGGCAGGAAAUACCUGUACAACCAACUACCUCAUAUCCCAUUCAGAAUUUAUUCAAUAGUGAGAACCAGCCCAAACCCAACAAUGAAUGUACUCUGCUGAGUAAUAAAUACCUUGAUGGAAAUGCUAACAAAUCUACCUCAGAUGGAUGCCCCACAAAGGCAGUGACAGUGACCACCAGUACUUCAGAAACUUCUGUUACUUCAAAAGGGAGAAUUGAUUCUGAACAAAGCCCUUCCAAUGGGUAUUCCUCAAAAACCCUUGGCCCAAAUCCUGGACUCAUUCUUCAGGCUUUGACGCUUUCCAAUGCGAGUGAUGGAUUUAACUUGGAGCGACUUGAAAUGCUUGGUGACUCCUUUUUAAAGCACGCAAUCACCACGUAUCUGUUUUGCACUUACCCUGAUGCUCAUGAGGGCCGCCUUUCUUACAUGAGAAGUAAAAAGGUCAGCAACUGUAAUCUCUAUCGCCUUGGGAAAAAGAAAGGUCUGCCCAGUCGCAUGGUAGUGUCAAUUUUUGAUCCCCCUGUAAAUUGGCUUCCUCCUGGUUAUAUAGUAAAUCAAGACAAAAGUAACACAGAUAAAUGGGAGAAAGAUGAAAUGACAAAAGACAACAUGUUGGCAAAUGGUAAGCUAGAUGAAGAUUAUGAUGAGGAGGAAGAUGAAGAUCUGAUGUGGAGGGUUCCAAAAGAGGAAGUAGAUUAUGAGGACGAUUUCUUAGAGUAUGAUCAGGAACAUAUUAAGUUUAUAGAUAAUAUGUUAAUGGGAUCAGGGGCUUUUGUGAAGAAAAUAUCUCUUUCUCCAUUUUCAACCAAUGAUUCAAAUUAUGAAUGGAAAAUGCCCAAAAAAUCAUCCCUAGGUAAUAUACCAUUUUCAUCUGAUAUUGAUGAUUUUGAUUAUAGCUCUUGGGAUGCAAUGUGCUAUUUGGAUCCUAGCAAAGCUGUUGAAGAAGAUGAUUUUGUAGUAGGGUUCUGGAAUCCAUCAGAAGAAAACUGUGGUAUUGACACAGGAAAACAGUCAAUUUCUUAUGACUUGCAUACAGAGCAGUGUAUUGCUGAUAAAAGCAUUGCAGACUGUGUGGAAGCUCUACUGGGCUGCUAUUUAACCAGCUGUGGUGAGAGAGCUGCUCAACUUUUUCUCUGUUCUUUGGGGCUGAAGGUGCUCCCAGUAAUUAAAAGGAGUGAUUGGGAGAACACAUUAUACCCCAGUAAGGAUAAUUUCAACAGUCAACAAAAGAAUCUUUCAGUGAACUUUGCUUCUAUCUCUGUAGCCAAUUUACAGUCUUCUUUAUAUAAAGACUUAGAAUAUGGCUGUUUGAAGAUUCCGCCGAGGUGCAUGUUUGAUUAUCCAGAUGCUGAAAAAACACUGAAUCACCUUAUAUCAGGCUUUGAAAAUUUUGAAAAGAAAAUUAACUACAAUUUCAAGAAUAAAGCUUACCUUCUUCAAGCAUUUACUCAUGCCUCCUACCACUACAAUACCAUUACUGAUUGUUAUCAGCGUUUGGAAUUCUUGGGAGAUGCAAUUUUGGACUACCUCAUAACCAAGCACCUUUAUGAAGACCCACGGCAGCACUCCCCAGGAGUUCUAACUGACCUAAGAUCUGCUCUUGUCAAUAAUACUAUCUUUGCAUCAUUAGCUGUUAAGUAUGACUACCACAAGUACUUCAAAGCUGUUUCUCCUGAAUUAUUCCAUGUUAUUGAUGAUUUUGUGCAGUUUCAACUUGAGAAGAAUGAAAUGCAAGGAAUGGAUUCUGAGCUUAGACGAUCUGAGGAGGAUGAAGAGAAAGAGGAAGAUAUAGAAGUGCCGAAGGCUAUGGGAGAUAUAUUUGAAUCACUUGCUGGUGCCAUUUAUAUGGAUAGUGGAAUGUCAUUGGAAAUGGUUUGGCAAGUCUAUUAUCCAAUGAUGCGACCAUUAAUAGAAAAAUUUUCUGCUAAUGUCCCCCGUUCUCCUGUAAGAGAAUUGCUUGAGAUGGAACCAGAAACUGCCAAAUUUAGCCCUGCAGAAAGAACCUAUGAUGGAAAGGUCCGAGUUACUGUGGAAGUGGUUGGGAAGGGAAAGUUUAAAGGUGUUGGCCGGAGCUACAGGAUUGCCAAAUCUGCAGCUGCGAGGAGAGCACUACGAAGCCUCAAAGCAAAUCAGCCUCAGGUUCCCAACAGCUGAGACGCCCACUUGGAAACAAAGAGCAAAACUGAGAGUAAAACACAUUUUAAAAAGAAUUUUAAAGUUGAUGUUGAGAGGAACAAAUUGAAGACAGAGUUUAAAGUUUGUUUGAAAACAGAGUAGUAGCAGAGUCAAACAUUUAACAUGUAUAAAAAAUGUUGAAACUAAUUGUAGUUUUAGUCUUUUGCGCAAACACAAUCUUGUCUUCUUUCCUCAAUUCUGCUUUGCUUAAUCACAAGAGUGCUUUAAUGAUGACAUUGAGCAAGUCUCCAAAACCAUUGUUAUCAGGUCUUUUGUCAGUGCAGCUUUGCUUAGUGUUAGAAGGCCAGGGAGCAUACAACUAAAGCAGUUGCUAGAUUUCUAUAGUGUGAUCUUGAAAUUCCUCCAUCUGUGCACUAGUGCCAGUCAUGAAACAGUUUAUAAACCGUACUGAAUGAUAUGGGAUGAGAGAAAAUAAGUGUGCCAGUCAGUAUUGUCCUCUAUUUCCAUGUUAUCUUAGUAUCAGAUGACGUUCCCAAUCAUUGCACUUAUUAGUUAGGGAUGGAUUUAUAAUUGAAAUGGCUGGGCUGGCAUACUGUUAGAAUAAAAUUUCAGUUUUCUGAUGCCACAUGAUCUUGCAUAGAAAAGGUUCUUGCCUUAAAAAGUAAAACCCUCAUGGAUGUACUUUUUUAUUUCUAAUCUUUUUAGAACAAAUUUAUUUUACAUUCCCUAUAUUUUAUCAUGUGUCAUAUGAUGAAACAGCUCAAUAUUUACAGUUCAUUAAUGUAGCUGAAUUAUAAUACUUUACCUUAUUAGUGAACAUACAUAAAUUAUUUGAAGAGAAAACACAGAAAAUAUGGUUAAUCUAUGGAAUUUUUUUAAUGCCAUAAAUACAAGUGGUCUUUGGCUAAAUCUUUAAUUUCAUUGGAAAAUGCCAGCUAGAUAGUUCUAAUUAAGGGAAUGUUUAUGGGGAAAAAUUUUGCCAUGGAAGCCAAGCCGUUGCUCUAACAAAAUAACCUUAGACAUAUCACACCUAAAAUAUGCUGCAGAUUUUAUAAUUGAUUGGUUACUUAUUAAAAAAAAAAACAGAGCACCUUUACACUUAGACUUCUCAUAGGAAUUUCUUACUGUGCUUUUCACAAUGUUGCAUGCGUGUGUCACCUACCAAAGCUCUGCUGUUAAAUGCCAGGAAAGUUUGAUGUUAGAGAUAAACUGCCGUACUUGGGAUGCCUGUGAUUUAGGUCAUUGAUUUAGAGAAACUAGCUCAUUGUUGUUUCAGUCUAUUUGGGGGGGAGGGGAGAGGAAGGAAAAAAGUUGCAUUUGUAGGCUUUUGGCCUAAAUUUCUUUGAUUAGAUUUGGUAGGCACUCUUCACUUAAAUACCUCAGUUCUUUUAUUUUUCUUUUGCAUGCAUUUUUUUUUUUCUGUUUGGUGCUAUGUUUAUGUAUUAUGCUUGAAAUUUUAAUUUUUUUGCACUGUAACUAUAAUACCUCUUAAUUUACUUUUUAAAAAGCUGUGGGUCAAUUUUGUACUCCCACCAAUAUACCAGUAGAGGUUUGCUGCAAUUUUGCUCCAUUAAUUAUGCUUGAAGUUUGAGAAAGCUGAGCAGAGGUAUUUGAUGUUUUCCAGCACAUCAGUCUGAACUUGAUGCUUCAUGUAAUGCUGUUUUUGAUGUGUUAACUCACAGUUGAAUACUGUAUUCCUUGCUUUUAACUGCUCCAGAGAACAACCCCUUUUUGCAUGCACACGAAGACAACUGUCAGCUCCAGCUUUCAAAGAAGCCUGAGUGACAGGGUAGAUUAAGCUUCUUGGAAAUUAAGCUUAUUUAUUGGAUUCAGAUGUCUUAAAAUUUAAAUUGAGAUUCUAAAUUAUUUAAGGAAUUUUAAAAACAAAUUAAUUUUAAGGAAGGUGAUUUUAAUGUGGUGAUUUAAAAAAAAAUCUCAACCUAAAAUAUAGCAUGCUAUAAAACCAAGUCAAACUUGAUCUGUAUUACCAUAAAUUUUUACAGCUGCUAAAAUAAGGAUUGAUAUUAAUUCUAUUCGCAUUGGUUAUAUGUGGCAGUCAUUUCAACAAUCCCUUGGUAAUUUAUUAAAAAAAAACUGAUGCCAAAAAUUAAGGUUUUAGGAUAAUUUUAAAGAAAUGAAUAGAAAUCUUAAUUUUUUAAAACAAAUUAAUAGAAAUUCCAUUAUCUCCUGGCACUAAGAUCAAAUGUUUUCAAAGUGACAUGACAUUGGAGAAAACAUUCCUUAGUAUCUUUUGUAACAUUAAAAAAAAAUUAAGUCAUUUCAGUUGAUAUUAAAACAGAAUUAGGUCAUAGGAUUCUCAGGGGUUCAGAUUUCCUGCUGCCAUCAAAAUGUUUUAUGAACAGCUAUUUCAUUUUAGUUGGGGGGAAAAGAGCUUAAUUUAAUUUGUAUCUUGCCUUUCUGAAGCAUUCAAUCAUCCCCUCGUUACUAGGCGAGACUAUGACUUAGGUAUCUGAAAUAGGUAUCUUGUGACUGCUAAACUAUAGUUCCUGCUGCUGAUAUGUUUUUGAUCUUGUAAAUUUCUUCCCAGUAUAACCUCAUUGAAAUGUUUUGCAUCCAUCUAUUAAGACAUCACCCUGUGUUGCCAUGUAAUAGAAUCUUGUAUUCCCUUCUGUUCAUGUGUUUUCAGCGUUGAACAGAAAAUACUGUUAAAGAUCUGAUAGUUUGAGGAAUAGUCAUAGGAGACUGUUGGAACUAAUCUUGAGGGAUAGGAUCUGCACAGAUUCCUUCUGAGAGGAUUGUGUGGGGCUUAGUUGGCAUGAACCUCCAAACAUUUAAAUUUUUUUCUUAUUUCUAUUAUACUGUACUUUCAACAGUUCUAACUAUGCUGCGUUUUUAAUAGCUUUUUUUUUUUUUUUUUUUUUUUUUUUUUUUUGCGCUGUUCUGUUCAUGUAGCACAAUUAAGCAUUGCACUUGGUACCAUGCUUUACCUCAUUUCAAGGAAAAUAUGCUUAACAGAGAGGAAAAAAAUGUGGUUUGGCCUUGCUGCUGUUUUGAUUUACUGAAUUUGAAAAAGAUAAUUAUAAUGCCUGCAAUGUGUCAUAUACUUGCACAACUUAAAUAGGUCAUUUGUAAUGUCUGUGGCAUUUUUACUGUUUGUGAAAAUACAACAAAGAUGUGUUAACAAAAUUCUUAAUUAUGUUUUUAAAUUGUUGGUUAUAUUUUUAUUGUUAUGUGAAGUGAUUAAAAUUAGAAUGACCUCUGACACUCCUGUAAUUUUCUCUGAACAAACCAAUAUUUCACAUACCUGGUGUACUUAGAUUGGUUUCUGAAAGAGUCAAGCGCCUGAAAUAAUACACCAUGUUUAAAUAUCAAGAAACUCUGGUUCUAUUUGUUCAGUUCACAUAACAGCCUGUUCUUUCAGCAUUGUUACUGGAAAUUAUGCUGUGACUUCAGAGUACAGAAUAUAAUAGAAUUUUAAGCCAACCACAGUACAGUCUCAGAACUCAUUGAAAGGCCCAGUUGACUUAAGACUAUGAAUGCUGAGUUAAGUCUUCAGCUCUUUUACAUAUAGAUGGUGCCACCCAGCUGAGAUCCUGAGACCUCUAUUUAUAGUAUACAUAAAAUCCAUCUUCAUGGGGCUUUCAUAUCUACAGAAAGGAAAUUCACUUGUCAUAUUUGUUACCUUAUAAAGUGAUUUUAAGUAUGUUCAUAUGUGUAUAUUUUUCAACCACUGAUUGAUUAAUUUUCAGGAAUUUAUUUCCAAAUGAAUUCCUUUAUUUUAUACUGUACAUUAAGUGUUUUUAAGUAAGAUAUGCCAUUUUAAGACCAAGACUAUUAUUAAAAAUGAUUAUCAAAAUUGUGGUUACACCAGUAGCAAUAUGUUGGGAAAUUUCCAUUGCGGUAGGCCAUUAUAUAUAUUCCACUAGCUGUUAAAAUUAAAUUUUCAAAGGUAACUUGUAAAUACAUUUCAAUCAUUCAUUGUGUCGAUUUUUUCCCCAGCCCAUUUCCUUGGGCAGCAACCACAGACAAUUUUAAAUUGCUUUGUCAAUUCACUCAAUAUUCACUGCAGCAGCAGGUUGUGUAGCAAAAAGCGCAAAUGUUUUGUGAACAAGAAUGGAAAAUUGCAGGCUUUUUAAAAUUGUAAAUAGUUUUGAUGUAAAAGAUGGUUAAAAUCAAGUAGAAUUAAUAACAAAUAUAAUUUGAUGGACAAUAAAAUAUUUACCAUCACAUGCUGCAGCUGUCUCUAAGGGACAUAAAAUGUAAUUCAUUCAUACUGUAAUCAUGCUGCAGAAAUUUGCAGUCUGCACCUUAUGGAUCACAAUUACCUUUAAUAGUUUUUUUAAUGUAAUAAUUGUAGCUGAGUAUAUCUCCAAUAAAGUUAUGGUCUGUUCA